AUGGACUCUGCCGUAACGGGCGAUCCGCCUUCUGGCAGGUUUCAGGGAUAUUUCUCGGCAACACCUGGCCAAGAUGCUUUUGUAAGAUCGAGGAGUGUUACGCAUUCCGGUCCCGGUGUAGGGUCGUCGACGGCUCGUGCCACGUACAUCGGCACGCAGAAUAGAAUUCCCUUCGGGACGCCAACGACAUACUUCCCUGCAUCAUCGUCUGCCUCUGCAUAUCCUGGUGCAGCACAAAGUCGAUAUAGGUCCAUGUUAGACGUGGGCUCGUCAUCGUCAUCGGCCGCUCAGAAUCGUGCGCUGCCGCCACCUCCACCACCGCUGGCCGAGGAGGACGAAUGUCCCAUUUGCCAUCGAGAACUCCCACCUCGGCACCUACCCGACUUUGAAGCUCUUCGGGAAGCCCACAUUACCAUCUGCAUUACAUCACACAGCAGAUAUCCUGGCGGAGGCGGCGGAACGCCGGGUGAGACCCCUCAGGAUUCCGUUGUCGGCACCCCUCCGCCGCUUGCUGCUCGUCGGACUGGCAUGUUCCCCUACGUGGCGACGGAGAAAGACUGUGUUGACUCAGCAGAGUGUACCAUUUGUCUGGAAGAGUUCGUAGCCGGUGUACAGAUGGCGAGACUCGAGUGCCUCUGUCGCUUCCACCGGUCGUGCAUUUCCGCGUGGUUCGUCAACCACCCAGGACGCUGUCCUGUUCAUCAACACGACAGUUACGGCUACUAG